GUACGAUGAAAGAUAAAAGGACCAUGUUACUGUAUAAAUACUUAUAUACAUGGUAACUGUCACAUUUUCGAAAAUUUAUUUUUAUAGAUUCAUUGCUUUUAGAUUACAAAAUGGAUGAAAAUGAUAAUAAGGUAUAAAAGUGACAACACAAAGAAGACUUAAUUCCUUAAUAGAAGAACUAAGAAUUUUAUGAACAAUGAAUAAUAUUUCUGGACAAUUUCGUAAAACAGUAUGGGAUCCAUUUCUUAUAAUAUCUCAAAUAAUUGCUGUUCAAACUGUUAUGUAUUUUUGCCUUGGGCUAUGGAUUUGGAUUGUUGCUUCUCUUAUAGGGACAACAAAGUCAUUGGACUAUGCUUUUCAUUAUAAGGAAAUACAUGUUAGAGACUUUGCUGGCCAAUUUAUAAUAGUAAUAUUUGUUUUAAAUGCAUUAAUUGGAGCAUUUGCAUUAUGGUGGUUAGUGCAAAGAACAAAACAGUGUAUGGACUUUGCUUGCACAGCACAUCUGAUACAUUUGUUAUGCUGUUGGGCAUACAAUGCAAGUUUUCCUUCAACUUUUAGUUGGUGGUGUUUAAAUAUUGUAUCUUUAAGUAUAAUGUGUGUUUGUGGUGAAUUUCUUUGUAUGAAAACAGAAUUACAAGCAAUACCAUUAGGUAUGAAUAAUCAAAAGACAGCUCUGUAAAACAUAAUUGUUAUUAUAAAAUGAAAGUUUUAUUUAAGUGAAUAUUACUUUUGAAUUAAAGAAUAUUCAAAGGAGAA